AUGCGAGGCCGUUCUUCUUCUUCUUAUGAAUCUUCUAAACCGCGCAGGUUUUUUGGUUAUGACAGAUCACUGCACGCCGCCCUUGGUGGCGGAAGCUUGGCAGAUAUAAUGCUAUGGAAGGACAAGAAGAAGACAGGGGCAAUUGUGGGAGCUUUCACUUUCAUUUGGUUCCUCUUUGAGGGACUGGAAUAUCCCUUUGUUACCCUUCUCUGUCACCUCCUCCUCGCCGCCAUGCUCAUCCUCUUCCUCUGGUACAACGCCGCCGGACUCAUCACUUGGGGUCCUCCUGGUGUUCAUGAUCUUCAAAUCUCAGAAUCCACAGUCAGACACUUCUGUGCAAGAGUCAAUUGGUUCUUGAGGAAAUUCUAUGAGAUCUCCAUUGGCAGAGAUCUCUCCCUCUUCUUUGCGACGAUCGCGGGUCUAUGGAUCAUGUCAGCCAUUGGGAAUUAUUUCACCACUCUGAAUCUGAUGUACUUCUUGUUGCUGUGCAUGGUGAGCUUACCUGUGAUGUACGAGAGAUAUGAGUAUGAGGUGGAUUAUCUGGCAAGCAAAGGCAACCAAGACUUGAGAAGAUUGAUGAGCACACUGGACUCUACAGUUCUCAACAAGAUUCCAAGAGGACCUGUCAAAGAAAAGAAGUAUAAAUAAAUUAAUAUAAUGACAUAUAUAAUUGUAUUGAAAAUUUCAUUUUAU